AUGACCCCAAGCCUAUUCUCGACCCUCUUCGCUGUCAUUCUGGCGACAGCCUUGGCUGCCAUACCUGCUACGGCUGCAUCAUCCAGCAACAGCAGCGCUGCGCAUGCCCCCUUCAGAAGCAUCACUUCUCGCCCUGGCGAAUGCGUCAUCGGUCAUCCAACCACCAGCGUCAGCGCGGAAGACCUCCAGUGUGUUUGGGACAACCGCAUGGAGCCUGAGGUGAUGCCCUACAAUAACUGGAUCAUGGAUCAAAUCGUGGCCAACAACGGCACUCUCAACUACUGCGUCCGCUGGGACAGCAAGACCACGAAGCUUACCAAGGCUACAGCUGCCAAGUUUCAAGCGAUGCUGACUCGCCAGUACGCUGCUUGGAACCGAUGGCUUAUCGGCUACAACUGCUGGCCGUAUAACCAGAUCAAGGUGAACAUCGUGGGUUUUGCUGCACGAAGUGCCUCCGAUCUCGGCUGGUCGGGCGCCUCACUCGGUAAGCUCUACAUUGGGGACCUCGACAAGGAUGGAGCUCCACAGUGUCCCGAGAAUUGCUACCGCGCCCUGGACGGGUCUCCCGGUGGGUGGUCCGAGUCCAGCGGCUGUGACGGCAAGCCGUUCGACGUCUCCCUUUGGCCGACCCAGGGCCUGGGUGGCGGUUUAGGCACUUAUUGGGGCCAAAAAGUGGAUCUUGACGACAUGCUGGCGCACACUGAGGAGGAUCAGCUUACGAUCGUCGCCCACGAAAUUGGCCACGGCUUCGGACUUCCGGACUUUUACUCGGACGAGGAGAAACCGAAUGGCAAGUGGCCCAACUGCAUCAUGAUGGCGGGGAGCUCCAUGACUAUUGCGGAGGGUGACGGGUGGAUGCUGCGUCGUUUGUACGAGAACCUCAAGUCUCGCUACAACUUCUAG